UCAUGACCUCAUCGGGAGGCGGGGCUUAGAGUCCAGGUUUUGUCCUGCGUUAGAUUGGACAUGGCAACUCCCGGCCCGGUGACUUCGGAGGCACCUUUUGAACCACCACAACCCCCAGUCAUUGAAGGUUUUAAACCCACUGUCUACACCCACCCAGAAAGCGUCAAGGAAAAAUUCCUUCGCAAGACUCGUGAGAACCCAAUGGUACCCAUAGGCUGCCUGGGCACUGCGGCCGCCCUCGCCUACGGCCUCUUCUGCUUCCAUCGAGGCCACAGCCAGCGCUCCCAGCUCAUGAUGCGCACCCGGAUUGCUGCCCAGGGCUUCACGGUCGCAGCCAUCUUAGUGGGUUUAGCUGUUUCUUCUAUGAAGUCUCGACCCUGAGCUCGCUGCCACAGCAUAGCAUAGCAGCUCUGGUGGUCAUUCCAAAACCCAGGAGCAACUACCAGCUGUGCCAAGAGACUUAUUCCCUCGUCUGCCAGGCUUCUGUGUUGUUAUGUAACCGACAGAUUCUUCUCAGAAAUCCAGGUUUCGUUUAAGUGUUGCACACUUGAUUGUGUCGCACCUCCACUCCUAGUACAUAAUAAAGUAAUAAACCUGUA